AUGAGCGGCGCUGAUUGCUUACCAUCAGUUUACCCUUCGCCCAGUGAAGACGCUACAGCUGUUUCUAAAAUGCGGUUAAUAUGUUUCUGGUGUUUCCUUCUGGCUGCUGUUGUUCGAGCUCAAAACAACGGAUAUUACGCCCCACAGACUUUUAGACAAGUGGAUCCCUAUCACCGGGCACUGUUCUCUCCAGCUCGGAACGAUGUCCACGCCCAAAGUACGACGGUGGUAGACCCUUGGAAACCAGCACCAGUUAAGGAACAGUGGAGAGAUGAGCAAGAUCGUGGUGCCAUCCUGCCCAAACCUGAACCCUGGCGUCUCCCGUAUGGCCUGACGAAGGAGCAGCAAGCUGCUAUACUUCAUCACAAACAGUCUUUGUCUUCUGACGGUGCGUUCCGCUUCGAGUAUGCAUCAGAUAACGGCCUGGCAGCUGGAGAACAGAUAGAGCCUGAUGGUUCCAGGGUUGGAGCUUACCAGUACAAGGAUCCCAGUGGACAGCUCGUCAAGUUGAAGUAUAGGGCUGGGAAGGAUGGGUUCCAGAUCCUAGAAGGAAGCCAUUUACCCAAGAGUCCUGAGCCGGUACCUCCAGCAACCGGAGACCAAUACUACCAGCAGGCCUAUGCUCAACAGCGUCAGCAGUAUACCCUUCAGCAGCAGUACAAUCAGCAGAGACCUGAACCACAACAGCAAUGGGGACAGAACCAGGGUCCCAAUGCUGAGCAGAGGCAGCCCAAUACCCAGUACUAUGGAUCAAACUGGAGGCCGCAGGCUGCAGGGGAAGAUGAUGGACAGUACCGUGAAAAUGAAGUGGAUCUAAACAAACCCCACAGCUUUGGGGAAGGUUACGCUUUCGCAUUCCAGGGAUAA